AUGCAAGCCUCUCUUUCGACGAGGUCUGGGGGCUUGGGUCUACGAAGCGUGGCCCGGCACAGUGUUGCAGGCUACGCGGCUUCACUCUUGGCUACCGCCCCCUUGUGCAAAGAAAUCGAUGGCAACUAUGAUGCAGACCAGGGCGCCGCCUUGCACCAGGUCAACCUCGCGCUCCCACCUGCCGACCACUUCCCGGUCCCAGCCCCGCACCCUCCUCGGCAACAAGGGUUGUCACGCGCGCUGGACCGGGUUGUGAUCGCGCAGCUGGCCGCGCCUGGCCCUGGGCGAGAAGCUUACCGAGCCCAUUUCCAACUCUUGCAGCAAGAAGGGGCAGGGGCCUGGCUCCACGCUUUUCCAAACGAUGCCUUGGGCCUCCAUGUGGUCACUCCCCUCUUCCGAACCAUGGUCCGCUUGCGGCUUCGCUUGCCUAUUGCCGAUUCUGACAUGGCUUGCCCCUUGUGUGAUGGCACUUCAGAUAGCUUCGGGGACCACGCCCGUGUGUGCCCCUGCGGGGGCGACAGGGUCAAGAGACACAACCAGCUGCGCAACAUCCUGGCAGGGCGUGCCCGCGCUGCUGGCUUGCAACCGGAAGUCGAGAAACCGAACUUGCUCCCUCCACGGCCGGAGCUCCAGGGGGGCACCGAAGAUGGAUCACAGCCUCGUGGAAAUGGCCGCCACCUUGCUGCUUCAGCCGCUGACGGCAGCAAAGCGAGCAUGGAUUACGAAGUUCGGAAGUGCCACCACUUGGACACGUUGCAGGCCUGUGCCACUGAGGGCCUGCAAUUCAUUUCCAUCUUGGGGGAGAAGAGGUCCCUCUCGGCCGCUAUCGCUGCCAGGACAAGUGAAAGCAGCUCCGUGGAACUGCAGCGCUUGCUGCAGGCCCUCGGCAUUGCGUUGCACCGGGAGAAUGCCAGGGCCAUAAUGCGGCGACUCGA